GCUAUCGACUGAGCUGCCCGCCGAGAAUCAAGAGCUGAGAGGGUUUGUCUGCAUAAUAUAUAUAAGUGUAUUAACGCGCCGCGUUUUACAGUUGAUAGAGCGGGGCGAGACUCAGUGUUCAUUCUUGAAGCACAAUCAAAGAAGGAAUUACAAUAUCUUUUCAUUAUAUAUUCGCAGCUAACUCGAAUACAAUUUUAUUUUCAAAAACGGUUUGAUAAUUUUUCAAAGGACUACAUUAUCUACCGCAUAACGCAGAAGAGCGGAAGUAGGAAGCGUUCUCAGUGUUAGUCUGCAAGUGAGAAAAUAGGUCGUUCUAACGAAACGAAUACAGACAGUAUUUUCUACCGUGUGUCCCCCUGAAUUACCCACCAUUGUAUGUUUUCUACUAACAACAUGGAUUUUGCGUAUAUUUUACUGGUGGCAGCUUUCUUUACGACAUGUGCUGGUCAAAAAACCAUCAGUUUCAGCAUGAAGAUCACACCAGAGGGCGAUACAAUAGAUGGUAACGUGGGCUCUGGCAAGGUCUUGACCUGCUCAGCGGUCAGCCAGAGUGACUCUGGACAGAAGCCUGAGAUCAAGUGGUUUAUCAAUGGGGUGGAGCUGACCGCUACCACUGGAAGGGUGAGGAUAGAACUAGGGUCUGACAGUUCAAGCAAAAGGCUCCGCAUCAAUUCCGUAGAGGAUGGGGACGAGGGUGAAUACAAGUGCGAGGUCACCUUCGGCAGUGAGACUGACAGCAGGAAAACUAAUCUUCAAGUUUACAAGCUUAUAACGAUAAAGUCCCCGGAAAACCAGUGGGGUCUGUUUGGUCAGGAGGGAAAUGUCAUGUGUGAGGCUGAGGCCAAGCCCUCUCCUACCAUCACAUGGAAGUUUGAAGAUGGCAGCCGCGUCACCACAGAUAACAACAAGUACGUCAUUGGUCAGAGCAAGCUGACAAUAAAAGACUUAUCCUUUGAAGACUCCAAAAAUUACGUCUGUGAUGUGGUGGUGGACCAGAGUGGUGAGGCCAAGGUCUUCACCAUCAACUAUGUAGUUGUUAAACCGCCAACCAUUGACCUGCCACCAACCAUCCAGCCAAACAACCCAAAAGUCGGAGACAGAGUGACCAUUUCCUGUGUUGCCCAGGGCAGCCCUCAACCCACCUAUGAAUACAAACGAGGAGAGAACCUUAUAGCUGAGAACAAAGAAGGCAUCCUACUGGACAAAAACAGUGGCAUUUUGACCAUUGAAAAACUGCAGCGUGAAGAUGAGGCUCUUUACACUUGCAUUGCCUCAAACCAGGGAGGAAAGGUUGAGAAGUCAAACACGCUCGAUGUUAAAAUUCCACCAGUGAUCAAACAAAUGACCAACAUCACUGAUGCUGCUGAAGGUGGAAACAUCAACUUCAAGUGUGAAGCCGAAGGUGAUCCAGAACCUUCCAUUGUCUGGAAGAAACUUGGUUCAGAGUCAACCUAUUCAGACACUGGUGUUAAGGAGGAAGGACUGACAAUUGAAACUUUUGUCCCCGCUGAUUUGUCUGACGCCAUCAUCAAAAGAGCGGGAAAAACCAUCUCCUUCAACCCCGUCAGAUACAGCCACGUUGGGAUCUACGUCUGCAGUGCUGUGAACACUGUUGGGAACGCCACACAGGCAGUUAGUCUGGAAGUUCUGUACAAACCCAACUUUGACACAGAUUUCAAAGAUAAAGAGUUCUGGGGCUGGGCCGGUCACAGGGCCAACUUGACCUGUGUGGCCAGAGCCAACGAGAAGGCCGGCAUUCAGUGGAUUAUCAAGGAUGAGGCCGACCCAACCAAACUGCCAGUCAGAAUUGAGAAUGGCGGGCCCUACACCAUCAGCGAAAACAGGCAGCUGGGCAAGGACUUGACCGCUGGCUAUCUCGAGAUACUACUGGAUUCAACAAGCUCCCAAAUGUACAGAAAUUACAUCUGUGAAGCCAAGAACAGCUUUGGUGAAGCAACACAGGAAAUUACACUAAAAGAAGCGACUACACCAGAACAACCCAAGGUAUCUCUGGAGUCUGCGUACACCACAAUGGUGACCUUGAAUGUGGAGCCACCAACCCGCACUGGGGGACAACCCGUAACUGAGUACAGCUACACGGUUGACAAUACAGCCCUGACUGGAAAAGCCACACUAACUGGUCAAGUCACAAGGUUGGAGGUCGACGGACUGGAGCCUAGCAAGUCUUAUAUAAUUCGAGUCAAAGCCAGGAACAACGUAGGCCUGGGCACAGAUUACCCUUUUAACGUGGAAACCCUAAAAGUUAGUAAACCUCUGCGUCUGGACAUCACCUCACCCGCAAAUGGAGCUGAUGCUACCCAGUAUGUUCUCAUGUGGGCUGAUCCUGCUAACAGCGGUUCUCCAAUUACAUCCUUCAGAGUCGUCUAUAGAAUGGUUGAAGUUGAAGCUAAUGAUGAUCCAACUAAAUGGAAAGUCAAGGCUGAUAAAGACACAACCUCUACAGUAAGGACCAUCAACGGAGGAGGAGCUCGAAGCUACACUAUUUCUGGAUUACAAAAAGAUUCCUAUUAUGAAAUAAGACUAACAGCCUUCAAUGACAUUGGGGAAUCUGAUGUAGAGAUAAAGAUUAUUAGAACUGGCAAAGGAGGAUCUUCUCAGCUUAGUCAGGCUGGCGAGGUAAUUGAGGAGUCAGAGAAAAGUACGGAUGGUAAUGUAAGCAAAAUACUUGAAGUUGAUAAGAGUGAAGAAAGAAAAAAUGAAACUAACGAUGAGGUUUUAAGCAGCUCAUCUGAAUCAGCAGAUGAGACAGGUUCUGCAGGGGUUGGGUCUGGCGCCAUCGUUGGAAUCAUUGUUGGUAUUUUAAUCUUCGUCCUCCUCAUUGUGGUGAUUGUGGUGUUCAUAUGGAAGAAAAAACCAGAACUCCUUCACAGACUGAGUCAGAACAUCGGAACUGGCAGGGAAGAGGAGAGGGGCAAGGGUGAGGAUGGAAAAGACCCAGCUGAAGAAGAGAAGCUGAUCAAAAACGACACGGUGAAGGUAGAAAAUGAGACAGAAGAGGGCAAGAACGAGGCUGUAGAGGAGCACCCGGAGGAGUUUGAGCCAGACAGCAAGCCAGAGCAGCCCACAACACCUGAGGCUCCAAAGUCUGUGGAGAAGACUGAAGAGCUGACCACGCCUGCUGCCACCACAGAGAUCAAGAUAACACCCGAGACACCAGAGAAGCCGCCAGAGAAUCCAACAGCUUAAAUUUAAAAUAUAAACAUUUCAUUUUUUUAGUUUCCAUCCAGUUUUCAGUAUUUAAAAAUACUGAGAGGACUUGUGUUCCUGUUGUUUUAUUUACAUUAUUACUUUUAUAACUGGUUCACUCUGAUAUUAUAGGUUCAAGGUCAGUUGGUGGUAUUUUUGUUUUGGUAUUGACAAACUGAGAUAUACUUGUUAGACGGGUUCACUACUAGAAAUUGUGAUGGUUUAGAUCAAUUUUUGUUAGAGAACUUCACAAACAGACCUUGCGAUGGUAUAGACAGUAUUGAUUUUCUUUUUAAUUAAAAUAAAUUUGCGAAUGAACAAUUUUUUUUAUAGAAAAGCUGAGUGAAAAAUUAAAACUUAAAGAAAUUUUCUAAGCAGUAGUUUUUUCUUAAUUUUUAAAGAUGAUAAAAUGGUAAAAUUGGUGCCUUUUUAUUUCGGUAUAUUUUAUUCUUGCCUUUGGGUAGACUGAAAACAAUAAUUGGGAAAACAAUUGGUUUAUUGUAGUCUCAGGUAUAUUCUUGUUCCUGGAAUCUUUCAAAGAUUUUUAAAAAAUCCAUUCCCAUUACUUGAAGAGCUCAGGGCUAGCUUUCAGAAGAAAAAAAAUUCAUGGCAUUUUUAAAAGGAGGAGGUGAAAAUCAAGGGGGGAAAAAAAUCAGAUAAUGAAGAAAAAACCUAAAUUUAUUGAUUUUGAUGUAAUAUUUUUAGCUAUUGAUUUAGUUGUCUGCUUCAUCACCUAGACAUUUGAGUAAUCUCACAUCUUGUGUCAGUCUUUUAAUUUAAAAGUGGCAGUUAUUUUGAAAAUAUUUUUUCUAAUUAUGAAAUAAUAAUGGUAUAGAACUGUAUUUAUCAAAAUUAAUGUUUUCAGUAAAACUACUUGAUAGUGAUAUAAACAUGAAUUUACUGGGCCCAAUUAUUAUAAGUGUGUUAUUUAUAGGAAAAUAAUCUUUUUUUUUCCACUGAAAAUAAUAAAAAAGCAAUAGGAUACAAAAAAUGGAAGAUUAAACAAAAAAAGUAUUUGAUCCUGUUCUUGUGGGUUCAAUUACAAAAUGAUGAUAUGGUUCUAUUUUAUCCUAAUUUCAUGUAGCAAUGAAUACAGUGAAUGUGUUCCUUCAGUAUUUUCUUGGUAUACUCUCUUGAUGUUACAUAGACAGGCUUUUGUUGAGUGCUUGAGUAUUUUUGACUGUUUUACACAUGCGCUGGUGUCUAUCUCAUUCAUUUGAAUGUGUUUUCUAGGUGGAGCUGUUGUUAUUAAUUAUUUAUGUACUGGUGUGUGAUCUACGUCAUGCAAGUCUUAGCCAUAAAAAAAACCUUGUUAUAAAAAUGAUUAAAUGUCUUGCAAGAGUUCCUAUAAGCAGAUUUUUACAAAUCUGAAACUUUUAUGAAGUAGGUUACUGAUCCAUUUUUAAAUUUAAGAAAGUAGUUUGUUGAUCAAAUUUUGUAGAAAUCUCUUACAUCAUACGUAUUAAUAUAUUAAGUUACAGUUCAUAAUUCAAUUUUUAUUCAGAACUGUAUAAAUUAGGUUACUUUUAUAGUUGUUUUUUUCAGUAUCAUUUACUUCUUGAUUAGCUGCUAACAUUAUACACCUAACCCAUGCUAAAGGCAGCAGAAGUUCAAAGAAAAAUUCCACACAUGGUUCACUAGAGUCCUUUAUGUGGGACUGGUUCUUAUAAAGCUGUUAGUUGGGACUGGUCUGUUGCUAGAGAUGGUUUUUCAUCACGUCUUGUCUUACAAUCAUGUUAUCACCAUCAUGUCUUGGACUAGUCUUGGAGCAAUCUUGUUUGCUGGAAUAUCUGUUUGUAUUAGAUGGACACGGAUUUCCUUUGUUGAAUAUGAAAUCCAAACUAAGUAAUUUCCAUUUUUUUUAAAUUUAGUUUUUAAUUAAAUGAUUUUUUAAAGGAUUAAUGUCACAAAGUUUAGGAUAUUUAUUUUUAAGAAGUUGCCAGAUUUCUCCCUUUUUACAUUUCAUUUUCAAUAUUUUUAAAAGAAUCUCAAGUAUUUAAAAAAAAAACCAUUUGCGUAUUUAAUUUGCAUGACACAGUGGUUACAGUUUUUAAAAUUAUGUUUGUGUUUGGAUAUUAAAUACAAUCAAUUUACAAUUUUAAUAAAAUAUGUUAUUUAUGUAACAAUCACUGGUACUUACUUGAGGUUAGAACAAAAAAAAUAUGGUUGAGGUUUUUAACAUUAAAAGUAUUAUUUUACCAUGACAUCAUUAUUUUAGCUAUUUUGUUUAUCAAGCAUAUAUAUACAAUAUGUUAAAUCUCAAGGGAACAAUAUUUUCCUGUAUAUUCUUCAAGGUCUUAACAAUUCAAUUCAUGGCUUAAUUUAGCUCAAUUUAUUAUGUUAAAAUAAUAUUAUAAUGGAAAUUAUAUAACAAUAAGUUUAAUAAACUUAAUUUUCCAUGACAUAAUUACAAAUUACAGUCUAAAUUGCCCUAGCAUGUUUUUUAUAGCAGCCAAAUUUUGGUACCUAAUUACUUAAUAUUAUUACAGGGUUUGAGUGUUCAUGGUUUGUUAUUCUAGUCAGCAGAGUAUGGCAUCCAGAUGAGUUCUCUAGUUAUUAUAAAAUAUUUCCCACAUUUUCUAGACUGGUUCAUCUAAAAACAUUCCAAACUGUUGUAAAAAUAAUUUGCCUGCCAAGGUUUAUUUAACAAGAUUUGAAGUAAUAGAGUUUUACAACCAGCUCAAAUAUCAUUGGAGUUGCUGUAAUUAGUGGGUAAAUAAUAUUUUCCUAGUCAAUUAAUUGUUCAGUAUUUCUAAUAGACUUUAAUGUUAGUUCUUAUAAUUAUAAUGCCUGAAUAAAAUUAAUAAUUAAUCAUUGGAUAAAUUUCAUAAUUUAAAAAAAAAAACCAUACUGGGUAUUGAAAGAGUCAAUUGGUUUUAUUUUUUAUUAAGGUUUUAUAUGACAAUCUUUUUUACACAUAUUUUUACUGUACUUUCAUUAACAAAAGUAUACAGUUUUUAUGACAGUAUACUUUUUUUAAAAAAUGGAUUAUGUCAAAAUUAUGCAUUUUUAAAUUAACCCUAUAUUCUCUGUAAGUGGUAUAUUUUAUAUUUUUGCUUUCAUUACCACUGAUUUACUGUAAAUGUUUUUUUUUAUCAAAUUGUUUCUUUUAGCUCUUGGUUCUGUCAAAAAAAAAACAACAGCAAACAUAUAGGCCUCCAGCAAAUUCACAUUAAUUUAGAGAAGAUUUUAUGCAAGUCUGUAUUUUGAUUAGUCAAAAAAUGGUUAAACUACUUAACUCCUCCAUCAAGAAUGGUUACAAUUUUAUAUUAAAUCUUAAUGUUGAGGCCCGAUAUUCCUUUAUUGGCGAUAAACACAAACUGAAAUUAAACAUAAGGUGCAGUAACAUGCCAACAUGGUAUUCAAUGUUUCCUAGUUGAAAAAAAAUAUUCUGUUCUUCUUUUGUAAAUAAGUUUAGUUGAGUGCACCUGUGCUUGUUGUAAGUGAAACAUUGUAGAUCAGAUUGAAUGCUUGCCAUGCACAUCAGCUUGAAUAACUGUCAGUUGCUUGUCAUACUUCAUCUGCCUUGCUUGAGAUGCUGGAUAACAGAGACUUUGGUUAUGCUUGUUAUUAUUAGUUUGGAACACAUAGACAGCAGCAAAUGAAAAGCUGUUCCUGAUUGGCUGUCUAUUUCAUUGUUUUAGUUCAAUGUUUUUUUCACCACAAAAAAAAAUAUUUCUCAAUGAGUAGUAAGCCAACCUGCAUUGUCCCUGUGAAUAAUUUAAUCCAGUUUUUUUUUCAAACAUAAUGUAUGCAGUUUUUCUUCUUCUUCUUGUUUGUACUGUUUUAAGUGUGUGCUUUUAAUACCUCUGGCAGCCUAAUUAGAAAUAUUCAUUGUGUGGGCCAACAGAGAAAUUGAACUGAUGACAUUCAUGCCCAUAUGUCUCUGUGUCCAGAUCAAGUCUAGUAAUUCACUGCUAACCAAUUUUUAUUUUGCUUCUUUGUAGUUUAGUCAUACUCAUUCAAUGCUGGUUAAAGUUUUUUUUUUUUUUUUUGAAAACCAUUUUCUAUGCUGUUAUUGCUCAUCUUUGAUAAUGUCCACUAAUUGUGACACAUUUGCUGCGUACCCAUUAUGACAUUAUUUUUAUUGAAUUUUUUUACAUUUUCCCCAGCUCCACUAUUUUUCAACCAUCAAUUUUAAUAUUUUGAAAAUUAAUUGUUUUUAUUGUAUAUUAUUGUUGAUUGGGCUGAAAAAUUGGAUAUUACAAUACCGUGCAAUUUAUAUCUCAACAUUAUGUUUUUAAAGGCAUGCAUUAGGGGAAUAAAAUGUAAAGAAUAUUUACACAUUUUUACAAUCAUAUUUCCUGUAUCUGCUCUAGAAAUAUGAGAUUCAAAAUCUUACAAUCUUUUUUUUAUAUUGCUUCCUGUUAAACAAAAUAUAUAUUAAGUUAGCUACAAUACUACAUUAUAUAUAUACCCUUAUAUAUUUUUCUGAACACAACUGAGGUAUAUCCAGAAUGUUAAACUUUGUUUAGCACAGAAAAAUAAAAUUUACAAAUUUUAUCAGUCAGCUAAAAAGUAACUUUUUAAUAGCUUACAAAACAAGAUGUAAAUAUUGAUAGCAAACCACUAUUUGAUUUGAUUUUGGAUAGGUUCAUUAUAAGCAGUGAGUUAAAUUACAGCCUUUUAAAUGUCAUAGUCUUAUCAAACUGAAUACAAGUAGCUAAAUCAUUAUCAUUUUAAAAAAAAAUUACUAUCUUCAUUAAGGUCAUGCUUUUGAUGUCUAUUCCACAAGCUGGUGUUUUUUCAUAAUGUAUAUGGUACUAACUUCCCUUUACUGUGACCUACUUUCAUUAUGGCCUGGCAACAAUUUCAAAUUUCUAACAUUUGUUUUCACUGCUUACAUCAAGACAUUUUGUUCUUUAAGUUUUUCCUAAAAUAUUAAUGUCUUCAAUGUUCGUAAAAAAAUAAAAAUAAAAGUAUAACCUAA